UGAUGCGCUCGGACAACGGAUCAAAUUUCGUUGGUGCCCGCAGUGAACUACAGAAAGCGCUGGAUGAAUGGAAUCAACAAAAGAUUGAAGAACAUCUGCUCCAAAGAGAAACACAAUGGAAGUUCAACCCCCCAGCAGCCUCACACAUGGGAGGUGUAUGGGAGAGGCAGAUCCGAACAGUGCGUUCAAUCCUCAUGGGCCUUACAGGACAACAGACUCUGGAUGAUGAAGGAUUAAUGACACUCUUCUGCAUCAUUGAAAAAAUUGUCAAUGGACGACCACUAACAAAGCUGUCAGAGGACCCAAGAGAUGGUCAGCCUCUGACUCCUAACGAUUUGCUUCUGUUAAGACCUGAGUGUUCUCUACCCCCUGGUCACUUUGUGAAGCAGGAUCUGUACCGUCGACGCUGGCGCCAGGUCCAGUACUUGGCGGACAUUUUCUGGACUCGAUGGACAAAGGAGUAUUUGCCUAGUCUACAGCAGAGGCAGAAGUGGACCCACCAUUCCAGAAAUUAUCAAGUAGGUGAUCUUGUACUAGUUCUGCAUGAAUCUACACCUCGCAGUCAGUGGCCCCUUGGAUUGGUCAUUGAUGUCAAUGUUGGAGCUGAUGGACUGGUACGUUCAGUUCAAGUAAAGACACAAACAGGUAUUUAUACUCGCCCCAUCCACAAACUAUGUUUGCUGGAAGGGAAUAUGGACAAGUAAGCUCUACAGACUUUCAGCUUGUGUUUUCCAUGAGACUGUUACAAUAGUUGUUAGCCGUGUGUUCAAGAUUAACAGUUAUUGCUCUAAAGUGCAUGUAUUACUGUAUUAUUACAUAGUCGUUCACCAAUUUUACUUGGAUGACCAUCUGUUGAGGUCAUCGGGGCCGGGAUGUUGGUAUCACUCCCUUCCACUAGAGGGCUCCAAUCAUUGUUUACAUUUUUUGGGCUGUCUGACGUGCAAGGAAGAAAGAGACACGAUAGCCUUUUCAGCUACAGAGAGCCAAACAGAAAAAACAAAGCAGACAAAGAUUAAACCUGUCACUUAACUAUCCAAAUAACAUUGCCCCAACGUGUUUAACCGGCUGUCAUUAGGCUGUGUAUAGCCAGAGGGCAAUAAAAAAAAA